CCUGACUAGCUUCAUUCCAGGUGGAAUCCAGAGGAAUUAAGGAAUCUCUAUCUUUUUUUAAACAUUAUUUUUUGGUCAUUUCCAAACGUUAAUCAUUGGAAACAAAGAUCAUUUUCUUCCCCACCACACCUCCUCCCAACCUCUUCCAUAGCCGACGCAUCGUUCCACUGGGUAUCACAUGUGUUCUUGAUUGGAACCCGUUUCCAUGUUGUUGUUAUUUGCAUAAGAGUAUUCAUUUGAGUCUCUCCUCAGUCAUAUCCCCUCAACCCCUGUAGUCAAGCAGUUUCUUUUCCUCCGUGUUUUUACUCCCACAGUUUAUCCUCUGCUUGUGGAUAGUGUUUUUUAUAUCCCUGUAGAUUGUUCAGGGACAUUGCAUUGACCCUAAUGGAGAGGUCCAUUACCUUCGAUUAUACCACAGUGUAUCAGUCUCUGUGUAUAAUGAUUUCCUGGUUCUGGUCCUUUUGCUCUGCAUCACUUCCUGGAGGUUGUUCCAGACUCCAUGGAAUUCCUCUACUUUAUUCUUUGAGCACAAUAGUAUUCCAUCACCAACAUAUACCACAAUUUCUUCAGCCAUUUCCAAAUUGAAGGGCGUCCCCUCAUUUUCCAAUUUUUGGCCACCACAAAGAGUGAAGCUAUGAAAAUUCUUGUACAAGUCUUUUUCCUUAUUAUCUCUUUGGGGUACAAACCCAGCAGUGCAAGGCUGGAUCAAAGGGCAGACAGUCUUUUAUCACCCUUUGUUUCCCUGGAUAUCCUUGAUCCUUUCUUUUUCCAAAUGAACUUUGUUAUGGUUUUUUCUAAAUCAGUAAAAAAUUUUUUGGAAGUUCAAUGGGUAUGGCACUAAAUAGAUAAAUAAGUUUCGGUAGGAUGGUCAUUUUUAUUAUAUUGGCUCGUCCUACCCAUGAGCAGUUAGUGUUUUUCCAAUUGUUCAAGUUUAGUUUUAGUUGUGUGGAGAGUGUUUUGUAGUUGUGUUCAUAUAGUUCCUGUGUUUGUCUCGGGAGAAAGAUUCCUAUGAAUUUUAUUUUGUCAAAGGUGAAUUUGAAUGGACUUUUUCUUUCUAGUUCUUGCUGCUGAGCUGUGUUGGAAAUAUAUAGAAAUGCUGAUGACUUAUGUGGGUUUAUUUUGUAUCCUGCAACUUUGCUAAAGUUGUUGAUUAUUUCAAUUAGCUUUUUGGUUGAAUCUCUAGGAUUCUUUAAGUAGACGAUCAUGUCAUCCGCAAAGAGUGAUAACUUGGUCUCCUCCUUGCCUAUUUUGAUGCCUUCAAUUCCUUUAUCUUCUCUAAUUGCUACUGCUAGUGUUUCUAAGAUAAUGUCAAAUAAUAGAGGUGAUAAUGGGCAUCAUCUUCACUCCUGAUCUUAUUGGGAAUGCAUCUAGUUUAUCCCCAUUGCAGAUGAUAUUAGUUGAUGGUUUUAGAUAUAUACUGUUUAUUAUUUUUAGGAACGACCCUUCUAUUCCUGUGCUUUCUAGUGUUCUUAAUAGGAAUGGGUGUUGUAUUUUAUCAAAGGCUUUUUCUGCGUCUAUUGAAAUAAUCAUGUGAUUUUUGUUGGCUUGCUUAUUGAUGUGGUCAAUUAUGUGGAUGGUUUUCCUAAUAUUGAACCAGCCCUUCAUCUCUGGUAUAAAUCCUGCUUGAUCAUGGUGGAUGACCCUUCUGAUCACUUGCUGGAGUCUUUUUGCUAGUAUCCUAUUUCAUAUUUGUGCAUCUAUAUUCAUUAAGGAGAUUGGUCUAUAGUUUUCUUUUUCUGUUUUUGGCCUGCCUGGCUUUGGAAUCAUUACCAUGGUUGUGUCAUGAAAGGAAUUUGGUAGAACUCCCUCUUUGCUUAUUAUGUCAAAUAGUUUGUAUCGUAUUGGGGUUUGCUGUUCUUUGAAUGUUUGAUAGAAUUCACUGGUGAAUCCAUCAGUCCCUGAGGAUUUUUUCUUAGGAAGUUCUUUGAUGGCUUGUUGGAUUUCUUUUUCUGAUAUGGGAUUAUUUAAGAAAUCUAUUUCUUCUUCUGUUAGUCUAGGCAAUUUAUAUUUUUGUAAAUAUUCAUCCAUAUCACCUAGGUUGGUAUAUUUAUUGCCAUAUAGUUGGGCAAAGUAUUUUUUAAUGAUUGCCUUAAUUUCCUCUUCAUUGGAGGUGAGGUCCCCCUUUUCAUCCUUGAUGCUAUUAAUUUUCCUUUCUUCUUUCCUUUUUUUAGUUAGAUUGACCAGUACUUUGUGUAUUUUGUCUGGUUUUUUCAAAGUACCAGCUUCUAGUCUUGUUUAUUAGUGCAACAGUUCUGUCACUUUCGAUUUUAUUAAUUUCUCCCUUAAUUUUUAGGAUCUCUAGUUUGGUUUUCUUCUGGGGGUUUUUAAUUUGUUCGUUCUCAAGUUUUUUGAUUUGCAUUUCCAAUUCCUUGAUCUCUGCCCUCCCUAAUUUGUUAAUAUAUGCAUUCAUGGAUAUGAAUUUUCCUCUAAGUACUGCUUUGGCUCCAUCCCAUAAGGUUUGAAAGGAUGUCUCACCAUUGUCAUUUUCCUCAAUGAAAUUAUUGUUUCUAUGAAUUCUUCUCUAUCUAACGGAUUUUGGAGUAUCAUAUUAUUUAAUUUCCAAUGAAUUUUUGAUUUGGCUCUCCAUGUACCCUUACUGAUAAAUAUUUUUAUUGCUUUAUGAUCAGAAAAGGUUGCAUUUGUUAUUUCUGCUUUUCUGUAGUUGAGUGCCAUGUUUCUGUGACCUAGUAUAUGAUCUAUUUUUGUGAAUGUGCCAUGUGGUGCUGAGAAGAAGGUGUAUUCCUUUUUGUCCCUAUUUAUUUUUCUCCAUAUGUCUAUUAACUCUAAUUUUUCUAAGAUUUCAUUCAACUCUUUUACCUCUUUCUUAUUUAUUUUUUGGUUUAAUUUAUCUAAAUUUGAUAGUGGUUGGUUCAAGUCUCCCACUAAUAUGAUUUUACUGUCUAUUUCCUCCUUCAGUUCUCCUAGUUUCUCCAUUAGAAAUUUGGAUGCUAUACCAUUUUGUGCAUACAUGUUGAUUAGUGAUAUUUCCUCAUUGUCUAUACUCCCUUUUAACAGAAUAUAUUUACCUUCCCUAUCCCUUUUGAUCAGGUCUAUUUUUGCUUUGGCUUUGUCAGAUAUCAUGAUUACAACUCCUGACUUCUUUCUAUCAGUUGAGGCCUUAUUCCAUCCUUUAAUUCUAACCUUGUGAGUAUCAACCCGCAUCAUAUGGGUUUCUUGAAGCCAGCAUAUGGUAGGGUUUUAGGUUCUAAUCCAAUCUGCUAUUUGUCUAUGUUUUAUGGGUGAGUUCAUCCCAUUCAUGUUCAAAGUUAUAAUUGUCACUUGUGGAUUUCCUGGCAUUUUUAUAUCUUCCCCUAGUUCUGACCUUUCUUCUUUAGCUAUAUCCUUUUGAACCAGUGAUUUAAUUUAGGUCAGUCCCCCUAGUUCCCUCCCUUGUUUUCAAGGUCUGUGACCUUUUCAGUGAGAUAUUUUAUGUUUUCUUCUAAUUCAUUAAUUUUUUGGCUUUGCUUUAUUACUUCUUGCUGUUUUGCAAGCUCACUGUCUUCCAGUUGCUUAAUACUGGUCGUUAGGGACUGGUUUUGCUUUUCAGCUUUGUCUCUCCUUCUAUUAGAUGCUUCCAGCUCUUUCUCCAAUUGUGAAGUCUUGUCUGUCAGACUGCUGAUCUCUUUCUCCCAUUUUUCUUUCCAGAAGUUUUCCAUCAUUUGGAUAAGCUCCAAUUUGAGUCCUUCCAGAGCUUGUGGAUAAUUUUCAUUUUGGGAGGCAUGUUUUGAUUUUGUUUGGAUUUCAUCCUCUUUCUCUUCUUUUCCUUGGGUGCUCCCGCCAUAAAAGUUUUCAAUAGUCACUUUUUCCACCCUUUCUUCUUGGAGGCUUGAUUUUGGACCGUGUGAGCCAUUCCUUUGGUGGUUUUAUUCCCCUUUCCUUUUUGGUCUGGGGUCUGGGUGAUAUGGGUGGUUUUCUGUGAAUUUAGGUUGCCUCAGACUUGUUCUUCCCAGCCCCUGAGGUUCCUUAGAGCGCAGGCCCCUGUGUUCAGCAUAACCACCCCUGUGCUUAGCAAGAGUACCCCUGUGUUCAGUGCGCGGCAGCUCCUGUGCUCAGCGCGGCCUCCCCUUUUCUCUGCUUGGCCUCUCCUGUGUUCAUCGCAACCCCCCUGUGCUCAGCCUGGCCACCCCUUUCUCAGCGCAGCCUCUCCUGUGUUCAGAGUGAGGCCUCACCUGUGCUCAAUGCGGUCGUCCCUUUGCUCAGCCGAACCUCCCCUGUAUUCAGUGCAGGAUUCUCCUGUGAUACCGCCCUGAGAGGUUGUUUCCUAACAGUCUUUAGAUCCCAAGAACCCUGGUGUGCCCCCCCAGACAGAGACAUUCCUCACUCACUCUCUGUACCAGUGAGUGCUCUGAUAGUUUACUCUCAUUUGUUGGGGGAGGUGGGGGGGUGUAGGGUGGCUCAGUUCACGUUUUUGUGCAAGCUUUUCCUCCUUCUUAUAUUGUGGAAAUGUUCAAGCGCCAUGUACCUUCAUUUCUGUGGGGUACUGGAGAGUUCCUCCAUUCUUCCAAAGGUGAUUUUUAUGGGCUUUUGAGGUAGUCUAUUUCAUUGGGAAACGGGGAGAGGAAGAGAUUCAUGGCUAGAUUGCAGCCUUGUUUACUCCGAAGUCAACUAGGAAUCUCUAUCUUGUUAGACUUGAGGUAUCCUUUGCGGUAAUGUCAUCAGAGCAGAAAUUUUCCUCCUAAAUCCCUUCCUUUUACCAUUUCUUAGGUGUAGUCAGUAUGCAUUGAGCAAGUGGCUGCUCUGUGCCAAGCACUGUGCUAACCUCUUGGGGAUGCAAAAGAAGGACAUAAAAUUGCACUAUGUUAUGGGAAGAAACCAUGUGAGCAUCUAUGUCUAGAAAAGCCAAAUGCAGUAUAGAUGGGAGCCUUCUGAGAGGGAAGGACGUAAGAGAUUUAAGGAUCAGGAAAAGCUUGUUUUUAGAAGGUGAGAUUUGACCUGAGAUGGAAAGGAAGCCAAGAGACCCAGGGAAGGAGGGAAGACACUCCAGUAUAAGAGACAGUCAUUGGAAAGGGACAGAGUGAGGAAAUUGAGAGUCCUGGUCAUGGAUCAUCCAGGAGGCCAGUGUCCCUGAGUGAGAGAGACAGUGGAGGGGAGGAACGGUCAGAAACUUGGAAAGGGGGUCAGGGAUGGCUAGGUGGUAUCUGCUGUUUGCCACUAGCCCUCUCAGUAUGUAAGUCAUUUAUUCCUGUUGGGAGAAUUGUCAUUGUCCUUGUAUCAAGGGUUACCAUAAAACAAAGUAAUUGUUGCUUGUUUGGUUCUAAGGUUGACACUCAGCCAGACUGAGGCAGCAGCACAAGAGGUGGACAGGUCCAUGACAGUUUUUGUAUCCACUCAAGAAAAUGACCCACAUGUAGGGUAGAUGAAAAACAUUUGGGUCCCUCACACCUAGAGAUCACAUAUUAUGUAUGUAGUGAUUUGUCUUGUGUGUUUGUUUUCAUUUAGGCAUUUUAGUUGUGUUUGACUCUUUGUGACCCCAUUUGGGGAUUUGUUGGUAAAGGUCCUGGAGUUUUUCAGAGCCACAGGUAGCUAAGGGCAUGGGCUGGGCUUUACUCUCUUCCUAUUGGCUGUCUCCAAAGUCCUUUUCAGAACCUUCUUAUGUGGCUUCAGACCCCUCAGCUUGGCUAAAAUUGCUCCCACCAAGCUACCAGUGACAUCUCUCUUUACAAAGCCUCUAUGGGCUACAUCACUGCUUGUUGAGUAUGGGUGCAGAAAUUCCAGACCUCGUUAAACUAAGUAGGGUGGAACAAUGUAGAGUUCCUAGGACUUGAUUUUGUUAGACCAAGUAUCUCCAUUGUUACAAAUCAGGAAAUAGCUAAAUCAAAUCUUCUAAAGUUUGGUCUGAGAAGGGUGGAGUAAUUUUAAAAUUGGCACUUCACAAAGUCCCUAUGAGCUACAUCACUGCUUAUUAUCAGUGUGAACUCUAAGAUCAACACUGCCUUCUCCCACAUACACUAUGUUGCAUGAAUUUUCCAGGUCCUUGGUAGCCGCUGCCUAAAUAAGCCAGUUCGGUUUCCAAAUAGACAGGUACACUGUGAUCUAUUCUUCUACCAAGACUGUGACCCGAUUAAUCAGUGAUGGCCAUGUGUCUUAAACAUCCAGGAAUGGCAUAGGGAUAGUCUCUUCUCUUGACCUCCAUGCCCAUUAUCCUGAUAUAAUUCAGGAGAUCCUAUGGAAAAGGAAAAUUUUGUAAAUUCUUAUGAAUCUACAAAAUGAAAGGGAAAGUACAAGUUGUUUUAUUGUUCAGAAAUUUUAUAAUAGAAGUGAAGGAAGCUUAAAGUGAAAUAUAGAUUACAAAUAGAAGACAAAUCAUAUGUUGAAAACAUAAACAUACUUACAUGAGGAUAGCAGUAGGUCUAAGCCUGAGCAAAUACAUAAUCCACACAUAGUUUCUGGUGGGAUAAUAAAUGCAAAAAUCUGACUUUAACAUUCACCCUACUGUGGAAUUAACAUCGGAUUCUUGAGUGGUUAUGGCACUGGAAAAGUUCCACUGGGAAUGCUGAAUCUAGAAAGACUUCUUUUUGGAAAGAUUAUGGUCCUAGCAACAGAUUAUGUCUGCCUAAAGACCAAUCUAGCUAAUUCUGGUCCUAGAAACGUAUGUUAAAGGAACCAGAGUGGGUAAUUUGAUGAAAUUAAAUGCUGAUAGAAGCAUGGAGAAAUAGGCCUAAUAUUAGAUUGCUAGAGCAACUGUGAAUUGAGUUUUAGAAAACAGGAUGGAAAUAUACAUUAAAUGCUGUAAAACCAUUCAUGCUCAUUUACCUAGGAAUCCAAUUACAAGGAUUCGGCAUUAUUAAGAGGACAGGAAGCUGUGUGAAAAGCUGUAUUAAAAUAUUAGUGGAAGCUUUGUUAGUAAUUACAAUGAAUUGGAAUUAAAACAAAUGCAGUGAUUGGAAGAAAUGUUUGAAUAGAUUAGAUUAUUUUAAUGUAAUAGAUUAUACUAUGUUAUUAGAAAUGACAGAUAUUGAAAAUAUUAAGAAAAUAAGGGAAAUAGAUGAAAAGAGAGUAAUAUAAUUCAUUGUAUGAUAAGAUUUCUUUAAAAGCUACAAAAUCAGUUUGGAUGAAUAGCUGAUUCUUGGUUAAAGACCCAACUCUCUUGCCUUUCUGAAUAUCAUGUUCCAUGCCUUUCGGUUGUUCAGUGUGGAAAUUUCAAGGUCUUGUGUGACCCUGAUUGGCAUUCCUUUAUAUCUAAAUUGUCUUUUUCUGAUUUCUUGUAAGAUUUUUUCUUUUGCUUGAAAGCUUUGGCAUUUGGCAAUUACAUUCCUGGGAGCUGUGUUUUGGGGGUUUAGUGUAGAGGGUGUCCUGUGAACUCUUUCAAUGCCUGAAUUUCCCCCUUGCUCUAGAAUCUCCGGCAGUUUUCUUGGAUUAUGAUAUCAAUAUUACUGUUUAUUUCUGGUAGACCCAAUGAAUCUCAGAUUGCCUCUCCUUCCUCUGUUUUCCAUGUGUGUCACCUUGUCAGUGAGAUAUUUUAUGUUUUCUUCUAAUUCCUUAAUUUUUUGACUUUGCUUUAUUAAUUCUUGCUGUUUUGCAAGAUCAUUGGUUUCUGUUGCUCAAUUCUGGUCCUUAAGGCUUGAUUUUCUGCUUUGAUCUUUUGGCAUUCAGUUGUAAUUUUUUGGUUCUCUAAUAUAAUUUGUUGGUUUUCCUUUUGAACCGUUUCCCACUUCUCUUUCCAGAGGGCUUCCAUUUUCUCAUGAUAAGCUCCAUUUGAGACUUCCAGGCAUUGUAGACAAUUUUCAUUUUUUUUUUGUUUUUCCUUUGUUUGACUUUCGUCCAGUAUUUCCUCUGUACCUUGGGUUUUUCCUCCAUAGAAAGUUUCGAGGGUGACAGUCUUCUUUUUUGAUUUCUUGCUGGGAUUUUGAGGCUUCUGUGCACAGCCAUUUUUUCUGGAUGUUUUCAGUUCCCUCUUUAAUCAGAAAUCAGAGUCUGCAGAGCAGAGUUUUUUUUUGUGUAUGGAGUUAAUGAGCAGGGUCUCAGUUUUCCUCAGUCCUUUGCAGCUUUUCUCAGUGCCUUCCUCCAGGGGGCACUUGGUGUCUGCUCUCUCUUUCCCGCCUCGUUUUCUGGUUUAGUUACUUUUGGGGGUUGGUCCCCAGCCGACCAGAUUAAUUCCCAAGGACCCUAAAAAUGGUCCCUGUUUGUUCCAGAGGGAUUCCUGUCUCACUCCCUGACUCUGGCGGGUGCACUGGCUCUGGGCACCUAAAGUCUGCUCUCUCUCAUGUCUUGAGUUUUUCUGCCUAGCUGCCUUUGGGGGAGGGGGAUCCCCUUGCUGUCCUAGUCAACUCACAAGGGCGCAGAAGUGCCCUCUCCUUGCUUCAGAGGCGCCCCUUGCUCGUUCAUCUCAGCGUGAGCUGGCCCCGGCUCUGGCCCUGUAGUUGGGGUGGGGCAGGCUGGAUCCUGUUGCGUUUGCGUUUUGGAACACUGGAAGACAGUGUGGGAGAGAUUAGGUUUGGAUCAACACCUCACACCCUACACCAAGAUGAACUCAAAAUGGGUGAAUGACCUGAAUAUAAAGAAGGAAACUAUAAGUAAAUUAGGCGAACACAGAAUAGUAUACAUGUGAGACCUGUGGGAAGGGAAAGACUUUAAAACCAUGCAAGACAUAGAAAGAGUCACAAAAUGUAAAAUAAACAAUUUUGAUUACAUCAAAUUAAAAAGGUUUUGUACAAACAAAACCAAUGUAACCAAAAUGAGAAGGGAGGCAACAAAUUGGGAAACAAUCUUUCUUCAUAACCAAAACCUCUGACAAAGGUUUAAUUACUCAAAUUUUAUAAAGAGGUAAAUCAAUUGUACAAAAAAUCAAGCCAUUCUCCAAUUGACAAAUGGGCAAGGGACAUGGAUAGGCAGUUUUCAGAUAAAGAAAUCAAAACUAUUAAUAAGCACAUGAAAAAGUGCUCUACAUCCCUUAUAAUCAGAGAGAUGCAAAUCAAAACAACUCUGAGGUAUCACCUCACACCUAGCAGAUUGGCUAACAUGAGAGCAAAGGAAAGUAAUGAAUGCUGGAGGGGAUGUGGCAAAGUAGGGACAUUAAUUCAUUGCUGGUGGAGUUGUGAAUUGAUCCAGCCAUUCUGGAGGGCAAUUUGGAACUAUGCCCAAAGGGCGAUAAAAGAAUGUCUACCCUUUGAUCCAGCCAUAGCACUGCUGAGUUUGUACCCCAAAGAGAUAAUAAGUAAAAAGACUUGUACAAGAAUAUUCAUAGCUGCGCUCUUUGUGGUGGCAAAAAAUUGGAAAAUGAGGGGAUGCCCAUCAAUUGGGGAAUGGCUGAGCAAAUUGUAGUAUAUGUUGGUGAUGGAAUACUAUUGUGCUCAAAGGAAUAAUAAAGUGGAGGAAUUCCAUGGAGACUGGAACAACCUCCAGGAAGUGAUGCAGAGUGAAAGGAGCAGAACCAGGAAAACAUUAUACACAGAGACUGAUACACUGUGGUACAAUAGAAUGCAAUGGACUUCUCCAUUAGUGUCAACGCAGUGUCCCUGAACAAUCUGCCGGGAUUAAGGAGAAAAAACACCAUCCACAAGCAGUGGACAAAUUGUGGGAGUAAAAAUACCGAGGAAAAGCAACUGCUGGACUACAGGGGUUAAGGGGACAUGACUGAGGAGAGACGCUAAAUGCAAAGACCAACAACAUGGAAAUGGAUUCGAAUCAAGGACACAUGUGACACCCAGUUGAAUCGUGCGUCAGCAAUGGGAGGGGUGGUGGGAGCCGGGGAGGAAAAGAAAACAAUCUUUGUCUCCAAUUAAUAAUGUUUGAAAAUGAACUAAUAAAAUAAUGUUUAAAAGGAAAAACAAAAAGCUACAAAAUCAAGAGAAAAAAGUAUCAAAGUAAAACAAAUUCAAUGAGAAGUCAGAAGCAAAGACUGUUUUCUUGUUAACAAAUACGUAAAAUUCAUGUAUUUGAAACAAAUUAUAAACAUUGUGAAGUUUGCCAUUUUGUACAUACUUGUUUUUCAUUUGUUUACUUAAAUUUUGUUGUUGGUGCUAUGAGUAUAUAAUUGAAAAAAUGGGGGGAAAGUGUGUACCAUCUGUUUUCCAUGGAUCAGUUUGAUAACAUAAAUGAACUCUUCCAGGUAGCACAGUUUUACCAGAUCUGGCCACUCUCUUGUCAGUUAUCCCUCAAUCUGCCUCUUCACUCAUUCUCUUGACCCUUGGUUCCCGAGGUUCUAGAGUCCCUAGGCUAUGUUUAGAGCAUUUGUUUUUUAUAAAUGAAUUCUUGUUGAAAAUUAAUACUGAAUUAUGAUGUUUUUGUGGAAUAAUUUCCCCUUUAGCCCCCCACGCAAGUACCAAAGCCCACUCUUCCAGUGUGUCCCCUCCCAAGGCCAUGGAAAUACGUUGGAACCUGCUUUGUUUUGUUUUUUUUAAACAAAAAAAAACUAAGAGCAGGGUUGGCAAGCCAUGGUGAACCUUGAACCAUUUUGAGAGAAUGCUAGGCCAGCCACAAGGCCGAAUAAAGUUUGAACUGGUAGCUUUCUUGUAUGGACAAAGCCCUGCUUCUCCUGUAAUGAAAUAAUGAGGGAGCAAUUGAAGCUUCUGAGUCCCCUCUUCAUUGGCUGUUUAUGAAUCAGCGAUCUCUUGGAAUGUACAGGGAAAGGACUGAGUAGUGAGCUGAAGGAAAUAGAUAGAUAGAUAGAUAGAUAGAUAGAUAGAUAGAUAGAUAGAUAGAUAGAUAGAUAGAUAUUAGAAUUCUAACACAUUAGAAUGUCUUGAUCAGUCAAUUAACUAAUUUAACAUGAAGAAAUUCAGUCUCUCCAGAAUUUCAAUCAUUACAUUGUCAGUGUCUUUCUUAUGAAUAAGCUCAUCCCUAACCUCAUUUAAUAAAAUAUAUUUUUAAUUAAAAAUAUUUCUCCUUUUCCCAUCAUAAUUACUCUUCUUUCAAUGUAAUUAAAUAUUAAAAAUGAAUGGAUGUCAUUCACAUGAAAUUAAUCACACAGAAAAGACAUAAAAUGUAAAAUAUUUUGGCUAAGACACAUCAAAGCCAGUGUUUCCUCAAAUCCUCAAUAUGACACUGGAUAUCUCUUCUUCACUUGGAUGGAGACAGUCUGAUCCCAUGUAGAAAACAAAUUAUGUGACUUUUUUCAGUAAAGGAAAUAUGGUGAUUUGUAGCCUUCAGGAAAGUCUCUACCCAAUCCCCCCACUCCUAAUGAGAAUAACAGGCAUGCUCAGAAAAGCUAUGAAUAUUAAAUUAUGUUCCCUUAAGGUAGAGUGAACUUAUUAAAGCACAUGUGACAUGACACAGGAGGGGUAAAUAUGACUAGAGGAGAACAUAUUAUAGGUGUGUUGGGAAGUUGUACACCUCCACUACCAGUGGAGAAAGGAGGGAGGACUCUGUGGCCAGGUAUGUGGAAUAAAAGCUUGCUGUGCCAAUCCAGGUAUGUGCCUACUUGUUGGAGACCUGCUCUUGCAAGAACAUCUUAAUAAAAUACCUUCCUUCUUCACUGUGGUUUUCCAUUGAGUUCUACAUAAGACUAUUGUUUCUCACAAUCUAGAUAAAAGUAUUUCAACUUUUUUUGAAAUUAAGUAGGAAAUUCCUUUUUCUUUAUUUUUCCUUAUUAAUGAUUAGUAAUGUUUUUUACCCAGAAUACACCAUACUUGCCCCCUUCUCACAAACUCUUUACAAAAUGCUCUUACUAGAUCAAUUCUGACGUUUGUGAUGAGGAAGAAUUUCAGAUCAUCUCUCUUUCUCCUCCACAGAAUCUCAUACUUUACAUAUCAUCUCCCUGAUUCCAUACGGAGAAACAUUUCAAAGUACGACACUUCUCCAGGUUUUACCAUUCCAACAUGAUUCUCACUUCAGAUACAAAUGCUUUUCUCAGUAUUCCAUUAGGCUCUGAAUGACUGCUCUCCAGUGCUAGCUCUGAUGCUAUUCAAGGUUAAAAGUUUGGGGUAAAUCCUUUGUGUGCUUCAGUUUCCUCCUAUGUGUUGAUGAGGGUUGAUGAUUUCUGAAGUCUCAGCUCUAAAUCUCAUGACUUUUGCUGAUUUAGGAGUCAGUAACGUUCCAGGAUGUGACAGUGGACUUCACCCAGGAAGAGUGGUGCAUGUUGGACUGUUCUCAGAAAAAGCUGUACAGGGAGGUCAUGCUGGAGAAUGUGCAGAAUCUGCUCUCUGGCUGCCAGUUCCCAGAGAAAAUUUGUUAUCCAGUUGUCAGCAAGGGGACUCACCGUGGUUGUUAGAACAAAAAGGCACAAGGAUCUUCUGUGCAGAUGCAGAGAUCUGUUUUGAAGUGAAGGAGAUAACUACAAAGCCGAGCCUUGUUGUGAAAGGAUCUGGCAAGCAAGGAUUUAUAAAUGAGGAUCCCUAUGAUUUCAUUUUGAGAGAAAGCUAUGAAUCUAAUAUCAAAGUAAAUAAAAAUCCAGAUAGUGACAGUGAAUUUUAUGGAAUUGCAAAGAAAUUCACACGAUAUUCAAUCCUAAAUCAAUAUAAGAAAAUAACCUCUGGAAAUAAUUAUCAUCAGAAUAAUGAAUACAAGUACUUCCCUGAAAAAGAAGAACUCCUUCAAUCCUAUGUGAAACCUCCAGAAAUACCCAUAUAUGAAGAUUAUCCAGAGGAAAUGGCCUUCACUUGGAGUUCCAUCCGCAUUAGACAUCCAAAAAGUAAUCCUGGAGAGAAGCUUUCUGUGAGUAGUAAAUAUGGGAAGUCCUUCUAUCAGAAUUCUGAACAUGCUCAAGAUCAUAUGAUCCAUACUGGAGGGAAACUUUGUGAAUGUAAAGAAUGUGAAAAGGCUUUUAACCAAAGGGAUCAUCUUGUUGCACAUCAAAGAAUCCACACUGGAGAUAAACCUUGUGAAUGUAAACAGUGUGGAAAUGCUUUCACAUGGAGGGGAAAUCUUGCUGAACAUCAAAGAAUCCACACUGGAGAGAAACCUUAUGAAUGUAAGCAGUGUGGAAAGGCUUUCACACAGAGGGUCAGUCUUGCUGAACAUGAAAGAACCCACAGUGGAGAGAAAUCCUAUGAUUGUAAAGAAUGUGGGAAGUCUUUCACAUUGAACUCACAACUUGCUAAGCAUCAGAGAAUUCACACUGGAACAAAACCAUAUGAAUGUAAACAGUGUGGUAAGGCUUUUUCAUGGAGAAACGGUCUUGCUGUACAUCAGAGAAUCCACACUGGAGAGAAAACUUAUGUAUGUAAACAGUGUGGAAAGGCUUUCACAGCUAGCUACAGUCUUUCUGUACAUCAGAGAAUCCACACUGGAGAGAAACCUUAUGAAUGUAAACAGUGUGGAAAGACCUUCACACAGAGCUCUGCUCUUACUGAACAUCAUAGAAUCCACACUGGAGAGAAACCUUACGAAUGUAGACAGUGUGGAAAGGCUUUCACAACUAGCUGUGGUCUUGGUGCACAUCAGAGAAUCCACACUGGAGAGAAACCUUAUGAAUGUGAGCAGUGUGGAAAGGCUUUCAGACAGAGGGGAAAUCUUGCUGAACAUCAAAGAAUCCACACUGGAGAGAAACCCUAUGAUUGUAAAGAAUGUGGGAAGACUUUCACAUUGAGCUCACAACUUGCUAGACAUCAGAGAAUUCACACUGGAACAAAACCGUAUGAAUGUAAACACUGUGGUAAGGCAUUCACAUGGAAAAGCAGUCUUGAUGUACAUCAAAGAAUCCACACUGGAGAGAAACCCUAUGUAUAUAAACAGUGUGGAAAGACUUUCACAGGUAGCUACAGUCUUUCUAUUCAUCAGAGAAUCCACACUGGAGAGAAACCUUAUAAAUGUAAACAGUGUGGAAAGACCUUCACACAGAGCUCUGGUCUUACUGAACAUCAUAGAAUGCACACUGGAGAGAACUCUUACAAAUGUAAAGAGUGUGGAAAUUCUUUCACAACUAGCCAUGGUCUUGGUGCACAUCAGAGAAUCCACAUUGGAGAGAAACCUUAUAACUGUAAAGAAUGUGGAAAGUCGUUCACAUUUAGCUCAAAACUUGCAACACAUCAGAGGAUUCACACUGGAAUGAAUCAAUAUGAAUGUAAACAAUGUAUAAAAUCAUUCACAUUUAGCUCCCAACUUGCUAUACAUCAGAGAAUCCACACUGGAGAGAAACCUUAUGAAUGUAAGCAGUGUGGAAAGGCUUUCACACAGAGGGGCAAUCUUUCUGCACAUCAAAGAAUCCACACGGGAGAGAAACCCUAUGAUUGUAAAAAAUGUGGAAUGGCUUUCACUUUUAAUUCACAACUUGGUAAACAUCAGAGAAUUCACACUGGAACAAAACCAUGAGAAUGUAAACAAUGUGGAAAGGCUUUUACUCAGAGAGAUGGUCUUGAUGUAUAUCAGAGAAUCCACAAUGGGGAGAAACCUUAUGAAUUUUAACAAUGUGGAAAGGCUUUUACAGCGAGCGGCCAUCUUGCCAAACACCAGAGAAUACACACUGGAGAAAAACUAUGACUGUAGUCAGUUUGGAAAGGUUUUCACAUAUACCUCCAUACCUGCUAAAUGGCAGAAAAAUCCACACUGGGGAAAAACUUCAUGAUGGUCAUGUAUGAACCUGAGCUUUUAGUUGUUAAUCAUAGCUUAUUUAAGAAUAAUCAAUUUAGAUUUAAAAAAAGUCAAAUUCUCUAAGCCAGAUAAUUAGGUGUAUUGGGAGAGGGCCUAAUCCUCCAAUAAACUGGACUACUCAUUAAUAUUGGAAGACCCCAAGUAAUGUGAGAGACCUUUUAUAACCUCUAGAAAUAGUCAAGUUUUACUUAAAAGUACAAAGAAAAGUGUAAAACUAGUCAUACCCUUCAAAGGAUGAGGACAACCAGCAACACUGUUCAUUGGCUAGUUCAAUUAGGAAGCAACCCUUAUUUGUCCAUAGUUAGAUCAGCUAAGUAGAUCUUUUGACCAUGAUGUAAGAGUCAUUUGAUGAUUAUCAGGGGACAAGGAUUUUCUCCGGAUAAGGAUGGGUGUUAAUGGAUAGCACUAUGUCUGUUCAUGAAACUAAGGUCAAAGCAAAUGAUGACUCAUUCCUGAGCACAAGUUAGGUGCAUGUUACAUCAACUCAAAAGGGUAGGGCUAACUCUAAGGACUAAGUUAAAACAGUUUAAAAACUUUACUAAAAUAUAAGUGAAAAACCCUUCUAAAAUCAUGACUUAAUAUUAUCAUAGAACUAUAAUUAUGAUUAUCUGAAAGCUAUUACUAACAUUAAAAUCUCACCAUGUCUAAGAGGGUAGGGGUAUUUUCUCACAAACAGAAGAGAAUUCACAUGGGAGAGAAAUCUUAGGAGUAUAAGUAAUUUAGCAAUAACCACUUCAUUCCCAUUCCCAAGGAUUCCUAUUAAUUAGAAAUCUUAGCACUCAUGAAUGAGGAAAGACAUUCAAAAGGAGUUCAGAGCUUGCUAAAUAUAAGAAAAUGUCUUCUGGGUUGCCAUAUAUGGAUUCCCUAUGGGACGAUUUUCAUCAAGAGAUUAUCUCUUACAUGGUGCAGAGAAGUUUAAUGAAUGUGCUCAAGGGGAAUGUGUUUUUCUCUGGGGAAGGGUGAUGAUAAUUAAUUAGAGAAAUACAAAUUAAAACAGCUCUGAGGUAGCACCUCACUCCUAUCAUGUUGGCUAUUAUGACAGAAAAGGGAAAUGAGAAAAUCUGUGCGAAAUGUCGGAAAAUUGAGACACUAAUGAACUGUUGAGGUAAUUGUGAUCUGAUUCAACCAUUUAAUUUAUUUGUUUAUUUUUUGGUUAUAAUAGCCACUUGAUUUCCCUCCAUCCCCUCCACCCACCCUUCCCAUAGCCAACAUGCAGUUUCAUUGGGUAUUACUUAUGUCCUUGAUCAGAACCUAUUUCCAUGUUGUUUGCACUAGGAUGUUCAAUGAUUCAACCAUUUUAGAGAGAGUAAUUUGGAAGUAUGCGUAAAGAGCUCUAAAAGUCUUCAUACCCUUGAACCCACAUUAUCAUUACUAUGCUUGUAUCCCAAAGAAAUAAAAAACAAAAAGGAAAAAGGAGCUGUCUGAACAAAAACACAAGAAGCAGCUCUUUUUGUGGUAGUAAAGAAAUGGAAAAUGAAGAGAAAUACAUCAAUUGGGAAAUGGCUGAAUAAAUUGUGUUAUGUGAUUGUACUGGAAUACUAUUGUGAUAUGAUUCAUGAGAAGCCAGAGAUCAGAAAAAGCAGGAAAGACUUCCAUGAACUGAUGCAGAAUGAAGUAAACAGAAUCAAGAAAACACUGAACACGCUGAUAGCAAUGAUGAACAGUAUAAUGAACAACUCUGAGUAUAACUUAAUUAUUCUUAGCAAUAUAAUGAUACAAAAAAAACCCCAAAAGACUCAAAAUAAAAUUUUUCAUUCACUUCCAGAGAAAGAACUGAUGGAGUCUGAAUCUGGACCAAAGAAAUUUUUUUUCACUUUAUUUUUUUUAUUUGAGUUGCCUUCCACAAAAGCAUUGCUAUGGGAAAGUACUUGACAUGAUUGCACUUGUAAAAUUUUUACCCUUGGGUGGGAAGGAUGAGAAAAAUCGAGAUUCAAAGAAAAUAUUUUUAGAUGUAGGGUAUUGUGUUUGCAUAUAUUUGGGGGGAAAGUAAAAGAUUACAUGGGGGGGUUGGGAUGGAGGAAAGAAUAGUAUGAUCAGUAGAGGACAGUAUUCUUCCUGGAUUGAAUGAGUUUGAACACAUCAUACUGUGGUUAAAGUUUAAUGUAUCUAAUUCACAGGGGAAAGCCUCUUGCUGCAUACAGAUCUUUAAAAAAACAAGCAAAAAACAGUAUAUGAGAAAGAUUUUGGAAGGGAUCUAAGGGACUGAACCCCUACUGUUCAGACCAUUAUGUCUAAGGACUCUGAUGCAGUCAGCUGAUCUCUGGGUCUGAGCAGAGAUCCAACCUCUGUGAUGAGGUAAUAAGGGAAAAGUUGAGGUCUCUAAAUCCAUCUCAUCUCUUGAAAUAUCAAUCAAGCAGGACUGUCAGGGGACAUCCUACAGUUGAGCUGUCAAGCUAAUAAGAGACAAGACACAACUUCCUUUAUAAGUAAGAGGCAAGAUGCUUUUUUCACUUUUCUUUUUUAUUUAAUUUUAUUUAUUUAGUCAAUUUAAAAUUUAGAAUCAUAUUCUUUCCCUCCCUCCCCUACCACCACCCUUCCCAUACCUGACGCGCAAUUCCACAAUUUGUUCAGCCAUUCUCCAAUCAAGGGCAUCCCUUUAUUUUUCGUUUUUUUGCCACUUUAAAGAGAGUGGCUAUAUUUUUGCAUGGACAUAUUUCCUUAUUAUCUCUUUGGGGAACAGACCCAGCAAUGGUAUGGCUGAGUCAAAGGGCAGGCAGUCUUUUAAAGCCCUUUGCACAUAAUUCUGAAUACCUUCCAGAAUGAUUGGAUCAGUUCACAACUCCACCAGCGAUGUCUUAAUGUCCCAGUUUUGCCACAUCCCCUCCAACAUUUAUUAUUUUCCUUUGCUGUCAUAUUGGCCAAUCUGCUGGGUAUGAGGAAAAGAGACCAUACCAAAGGUGGGCUGGGAGGUCAGAGGGGCCUGGAUUAAGAAGAGGAGCCUCCUCACAGGCAGGAUGGGAAGACAAGAGGGUGUUUUUCUUGCUAGAUGUAACUAGAUUUAGAAGGAAGAGCUGAAGGAGUCAAGCCAGAAUAGUCUGAAUCUAAAGAUGUAAUAACCUCUUGGCUCAAGGACAAUGAUGGCAUCGUGUCGGGGGUUUUCUUCAACCAAACUACUUUCAGGGGUGGUGGAUUUGGUUGACUUGUGUGAAUAAGGGGAUGACCAAGAACAAAGAGGAAUCUGAAGUUUGAAGAGAUGCUUCAGCAGAAGAGCAAAUGGAAUCUUUAUCAGACCUGUGGGGAAAGGGAGAGAGUUCCAUCCAAGUUCAAAAGCAGUUGGAGCCAAAGAGAAAAAAAUCUUCUUAUCUGGGACUCUGGAUCUGGGUGGAGGAAGUACAAAUCUCAGAAUCCUCUUGCUUGAAUUGAAUGAAGAUCCCAGUUAUCUACUGAAGCUAAUUUUGGGAUCAAGACUCUUUCCUUUAGGGGAACUCAGAGCUUAGCUCUGAUCAAAUCCUCAAGAGUUCUAUUAGGAAAGAAGUAUUAGGAACUUUCCUCUUCUUUCAACAACCCUACACUCCAAUAAAUUAGAGCUAUGCCAGAGAUUGAUUCAGAGUUUGUGUAGUAGGAGGGGAAUUUUAAUCUAUCAAUUCAGAAGGAGGCUGUGGGAGAACAGACUUAGUCUAGACUGCCUGACUCCAUUGAUAACAACCCAGCUCAGUGAAAGAAAGAGGAAGUGCCACAUAGAAUUCAAUCUCCCAACAACUGUUCCGUGAUUCCUUCUCUUCUAAGACCCCCUCUCUAUUACACUUGUGAAUAUGAUAUACCUAUAAUAGCCAAUAGGUAUACCCUUUAGAAUUCUUAUAGUCAAUUGCCACUUUUAGUUAUUUCACAUGAACCAGAUCUUGGCCAACUAAAGGAUUUACUACUCAUGAUUUACACAAUCUCUUUGCUUCCUUCUUUGACAUACCAUGUUCUUUUGGGAAAUUAGGAUCAUCCCAAGAAUUUAAUAGUUUGUUCAGGGGUGAACAUGGAGGAAUCUUUCCUGAUUUCUUCUGAUUUGUUGCAGUAUUUCGCACAAUGUCUAGUCUUUUGACCCUGAAUUUAGAAAAAAAGUCUAGUCUUUCUGUCUAAAUCUAUUUAGGAAAAUCCCUGGGCCUUUUUGCCCUAUCUGAGUGAGGCUUCUGCUCUCGCUGCUACUGCUGAAGAGUUCAGUAGCUGUGGUACAAGUCUGUUACUGUAAGGGGCUGUUUUGGCUAUUUCUGAAUGGGCAAUUCAAACAGUGAAAGGAUCCCAAAACAUUGGGAAAAAAACUUGAGACACAACUUCCUUCCAUUUUAUUGUAUAAAACAACCAAGCUAGAGUAGGAGUAAAUAAGAACCCAAUACAAGCAGUAGUAAUUGUUGCCAGGCAAUAGUGCCAAUAAUAAAUAUAUAUCAAUUAUUAUUGUUGUGUGAUGAUGUUUGAAAUAAUGAAGCACUGAAUUAGCAUACUUCAUUAAUAUUGUGUAGAAUUAGUUUGGCUUAAUUUGGUUUUAUUAUUUGUUUUUAUUCCAUUUAAUUCAAUAGUAUUUUUAAUUAUUAAUAAUUCUUUAAUUAACUUGAUUUAAUCAGGUUAAUGUAUUCAGUUAUAUUUGAUUCUAUUAAAACCUUUAAUUGCC